UGUGUCUGUCAAUCUGUAAAGAACUGUCAAAGUUGAAAAAAGGGUAAAUAGGCACCUAUGAAAAAGAAAAUUGUUACGGAAAAAAUUUCUUAACUAGAAUUAAUAAACGUAUAGGUUACAUUCAUAAUUUUUAAUUAUGAAUUCGAAAAUACUUCUAAAUUUAAGGUCCGCCAUAUCAAACUGUUGUUCAAAAAGGAACCUCAACAACAAUGUAGCUAGCAUAACCAAAAUACAUCGAGAGAUUUAUACUAGAAUGUACCCUACAAAAGUAGUUCUACCAAAUGGAGCUUCAAUCAACAUUCGUUAUCAUGAACCUAGAAAAAUUAUCAGACUACCGUUGGAUCUUUCAUCCCUGUCUGAGGAAGAAAAGAAAUUGAGAUUAGAGAAAAGGAAGCCUAAAAGAAAAGUCAAAAUUAGUGAUACAAUUGAAGACAAUUUUAAUGCAAAGAAAUAUUUGAAGUAUCUUAAAAAAUAAUUUGUAGUUAUGUUAAUUAGGUGAUAAUAAAUAAUAAAUGAUCA